AUGAAGGGAGUUAUUCGAUUUGGCAAUAGGGGAAAGCUCCAACAAAUAUACAUAGGACCUUUCGAGAUUUUGAACCGUGUGGGAAUUGUGGCUUACGAGCUAGCAUUGCCUCCCAAACUUUCAGCAGUACACAAUGUCUUUCAUGUCUCUAUGCUUCAAAAAUACAUAUUAGACCUUGACCUCAUGAUUAAUCCUAAAUCGUUAGACAUUCAUCCAGAUCUAACUUACGAGGAAACUCCAAUAGUCAUCUUGGAUAGGAAGAUUCGAACAAUUAGAAAUAGAGAUAUUCCAUUGGUAAACGUUCAGUGGCGAAAUCACGCAGUGAAAGAGUCUACUUGGGAAUACAAGAUGCUUGAUGGAUCGAAGUUGGAUGUCAAGACUGCUGACAGAAACUGUGUUGCUGGAUCAAGAAUUUAA